AUGACGUCGUGGUUGGAAGGUCCAGUCGCGAGCUGUCGCUGUCGAGACCGACCGCGCGCGACUCGUCGCGAACAGAAAGGACUCGCGCCGCGACGGUUCGCGCGGAGAACCCGCCGCACCCGCGCGCGCUCGAUGGCCGCCGCAACGUUUUCCGCGACGCUCGUGACCGCACCGCGCGACGUCGCCGUCCGCGCGUCCUCCGCGCGCGCGGUCGUCCUCGCGCGAGCGUCCCGACGUCACCAUCGCGCGUCCCGAGGCGUCGUCGUCGUCGCCCCAUCGUCGCGCUCGACCGCGAGCGCGCGGCCCACCGCGGUCGCGGCCGCGGCGCCCGCGGGAGACGCGCUGCCCCCCACCGCGGUGUUCGACACCGUCGUCGCGGCCGCGGAGAAGAAGGCGGCGCAAGAUCCCGCGACGACGCUGCUCCUCGGCUUCUCCGCGGGCGCGCUCAUCGGCAUGGGCGCGCUCCUCAUGUCGUGCGUCGGCGGCGCGUCCCCGGCGCUCGCGGCGUCGAACCCGGGCCUGUGUAACUUCCUCAAGGGCGCCGUCGGCCUUCCCGCGGGGCUCACGCUCGUGAUACUCACCGGCGCGGAGCUCUUCACCGGGAACGUGAUGACGAUGACGUCCGGGGUGCUCGCCGGGAAGGUGGACGCGGCGUCGCUCGCGAGGAACUGGACGCUGUCGUACGUCGGAAAUUUCGUCGGGUCGGUGGCGCUCGCGUUUCUCGCGUUUUGGGCGUGCACCGCGGCGGCGCCCGCGGCGAAAGCGGCGGUGAUAGGCAUCGCGACGAUGAAAGCGACGCUUCCGUUCGCCGUCUCGUUCUUCAAAGGCGUUCUCUGCAACUGGCUCGUGUGUUUAGCGGUGUGGGGAACGAUGGCGUCGACGUCGACGGCGGGAAAAAUUCUCGCCAUCUUCUGGCCCAUCACCGCGUUCGUCGCGUUGGGCUUCGAACACUCGAUCGCGAACAUGUUCCUGAUCCCUCACGGAAUGUUGUGCGGCGCGGACGUCACCAUCGCGCAGAUGAUGAUGAACAACAUCGUUCCGGUGACGUUAGGGAACGUCUUCGCCGCCGCGGUGUUCGUCGCGGGGUUACACUGGCGCGCCUACUCGUACGGCGGCAACGUCGCGGCGGCCGCCGCCCGCGUCGUCGCCGCCGCGCCCGAACCCGCGGCGAGGUGA